AUGGGUGCCUCUUCCGUCAACGCCGUCGCUGAGGGCAGGUGUUUGACCAUCGAGUCUGUUUUGGACUAUGACCAGAGAGGACAGUACUUUGAGCAUUUGCGUCACCACGAUGAUGUCUUGAAUAGGGAUGCGAACAAAUUGGAAGCCGUUGGUGGUGGCUCCGUCUCACGUAAGGGCGGCCCGCAAAUGAAGAGCGAGAGCCUUGCUCAAAAGUUUGACACACCUGUUGAAAAGUAG